AUGGCACCGGCCUCGUUCGCGGCCCUGCUUCGCACCGCGCAUCUUGACCUUGGCAUAUAUGAGGAUCUCUACAAGCACCUUCAUUCGCACCCAGAGCUUUCUAACCAAGAAAAGGAAACUGCAGAAACUGCAGCGGCCUUCCUUGCGCGACUGGGCGACUAUGAAAUCGUCCGCGAUAUCGGUGGGCACGGCUUCGCAGCUGUGCUCAGAAACGGACCGGGCAAGACCGUCCUCCUCCGCUCGGACCUGGAUGGUCUCCCGAUCAAGGAGGAGACAGGCCUGCCGUAUGCCAGUACCGUACGGCAGGUGAAUCAGGAGGGAGAGGAGAAGCCCGUCAUGCACGCCUGUGGGCAUGAUAUGCACAUAACGUGUCUGCUCGGAGCAGCCGAAGUGCUUCUGGCUCUUCGGGCCUCGUGGUCGGGCACUCUGGUGCUCGUCUUUCAACCAGCAGAGGAGCGCGGGACCGGUGCAAAAGCCAUGAUUGACGAUGGGCUGUAUGACAGAGUUCCUGUUCCGGAUUACGUGCUUGGGCAACAUAUCAUGCCCAUGCGCGCCGGCUCUGUUGGCUGUCGUCCCGGGACCAUCAUGGCAGCGGCCGACAGCUUCAAGGUCACGCUAUUCGGACGAGGAGGCCACGGAUCGGCACCGCACCGCACUGUCGACCCAGUCGUCAUGGCUAGCAACCUGGUCGUUAGACUGCAGAACAUUGUCAGCCGCGAGAUUGACCCAAACGAAAUGGCCGUUGUGACAGUUGGAUCACUUCAAGCUGGACACGCUGAGAACGUCAUCGUAGACCACGCCGAGCUUGGCCUGGAUGUCCGCUCCGUUACGCCCUCGGUCCGGGACCAUAUUGUGGGUGCUAUCAAGCGCAUGGUAGAGGCCGAGUCCGUCGCCAGCGGGGCCAAGAAGAAGCCCGUCAUUGUUCAGACGAGGCACUUUCCUGUUACAGACAACGACAAAGGCAUGACAGAGAGCCUUUCUGCCUCUUUCACUGAAUACUUUGGCAACCGCUUCGACCCGAACACGCCACGCGUAAACGUGGCUGAGGACUUCCCCGUCCUCGCGUCAUCGCAGGGCAGGCCAAGUGUCUUUUGGUUUUUCGGCGGCGUGGAACCGAGCUUAUGGGACGAAAAGGUUGCUGCUGGGAAGGUCUUGGAUGAGAUCCCAUCCAAUCACUCGUCUCUCUUCGCACCGGCUUUGCACCCGACGAUGCAGACAGGUAUUGACGCCCUAUGUAUCGGAGCCCUGACCUUCUUUGGAAGGUAG